GAAAUAUUGGUAGCGUUAUUGCAGAGACUCGGGAGCACAGCUGUUUGGAGCAGACCAGCAGGGUGUUUUCUCUUUACGUUCGUCUCCCCGCUCACCGGCCACAUCGUAUAGCGGCCUCACAUUGCGUCGUUGCUGUUGUCCUCUCCAUUGUCCGGGGUCGUCCUGUAAGCCGCAGGAUGGUUUUGACAACAUCACAACAAGUCGCCCUGGCGUUCACGGCCGUGCUGUUCACGUUCGUCGCCGUGCCCCGGAUGUUCGGCGUCGGGACCGGGGCGAAGGAGACGAGAGUUGACCCCCGCUACACCAAAAAAGCAGCAGGCGCGGUGAGGGGUCAGCCGGUCAAACCGAACGCCCCCGGUUCGUCCCAGACCGCGGAGAACAUGCAGCAGAUGAAGAAGCUGAUGGAGCAAGACCUGAAGGGUGACAAGUACAAGCCCAACAGCAGCAAGGGCUACGUGUUCACGCUGAUGCCCCUUUACGCCGUCGGCGUCGGAGUGUUUGCAGCCUACAAGUUCUUGAAGAUGAAGUCUGCAGGUGACAAGGCACAGAAGGAGAAAUUGACAAAGGGAGCCAAAAAGUCCGUGGAAGCAGAGAACCAGUUGAACGAGCUGGAACAAAGGCUCGCGCAGACGGAGAGGAUGCUCAAUUCCAUCCUCACGCAGCUGGACCCGCUGACCAACUGUGUGAAGUCUGUGGCCCAGGAGCAAAAGAACGAGAUCAUGUCUCAACUCCAGACCAUCCGGUACCUGAUGAAGAAGCGAGGAAUGGACUGCCCCCCUGUAAAUGAGGCGUCCUGCGAGCGCAACCUGGAAGAACUCAUCGAGUCGCUGGGAGCCAGCAACGCCGCCUCGGCUGCGGAAGCCCACCUUUCAGACGAGCAAAGCGCCACGGGGACCAAACAAGUCGAUCAGAAGCACUCGGAGGUCGACGACGAAGCCACAACAGAGGGCGAAGAGAUGAGGGAGCUCAUACCGGAGGAGUCGGAGGGGGAAGCACAGGUAAAGGUGGGGCCAGGAGAGGACAAUGAAGAGGAAGAAGAAGAAGAAGUAUUGGUGGAAUCUGAGCUCAUGCUUUCACUGGAGGAAAUGCAUGAGACAAACAUUCAGGAGGUUGGAGCAGAGCAGCAGGCGUCCGGCCUCAGGCGACGCAACAGGCCCGACUAAAAUCCCUGCGGGACUUCUUUGCCGUACAGAGACGGGACAGAUCGAUAUUGAUAUUUAUUACCUGAAAGGCUUUCCUUCCAAAAAGCUGUCCGCGUGAUCACCCAAAAACGUUAAUUGCAUUAUUACCUCAUGAGGGAAAGCUCGCCAACAGCAAACACAUAGGGCUUUAUGUACUAGGUCGCUGUCCCGCUUACUAUCCCCAGGGAGAAACAAAAUGGAGAAAAGGCCCAUUUACCAGAAUAUUGUUAAGUAAAUAUUAAACUUAUCUCAGCGAGCUCUCAUUCCCUGUAUUAAGCAUCUGUACUCAUGUUUCCCAACACAUUUAUUCAGAGAGUUUUAAAAUGUCUGCUAUGGUAAUAAUGAGACAUGACAUGAUUUGUAGCAUUCAAGCCACUUCUCAUAUUACCCUCUCACACGAUCCAACGUCUGCUGACUGUGCAUCAUGUUCCCACCACACUGUUAUAACCAAAAUCUGUGGCAAAUGUUUAUUUUGUAUGUACAUAUCGUUUUUGUCUACUCCCUGCAUUGUCAAAAGAAUACAGUUGAGACCGCUGAUGACAUGAUGGUGAGGAUUGGUAGAAUCCGGCCACGGCCUAGUGCUGCCUGUUCUAGAUAGUGUCCUAAUCUCCUUUCCUGUCCACUAAUGAUCACCCAUUUGAACUUGCUUGGUUUUCUAACCAAUACACACAGUACCAGUUUUAAAGUUUGGACGCAGUUUUAUCAUUCAAUGAGAAAGUGCAUCCAAACUUUUCUGGUACUGUAUUUUCUUUGCCAAAAGUGUAUAAUCUACAUGAAGUGAGCGGGUGGUCGAUGCCACUGAUUGUUUGCCUUAACAUUACCUUUCUCAUGGUGAGCAACUCGCCACAAAAAGAUGUAACUGAUAACCGUCAUGGCUAUGUUCCAUUCAAUGCAGUUCAACGACUCAGUCGAAGAACAAAUGUAUGCAAUAAAACAGAGAUUAUUGCACCAUGACUGAUGCCACAGGACGUGAGCUCGGAGCUUUUUAUAGGCUGAUCUUGUGUUCACACUGCUCCAUCCUGUGCGGGUCUCCUCUAGUUGGGAUAAAAACAUUGCAGGGUUCAUGUUGAAAUAACAUUUUCUAUUUUAUUAAUGCAUACUAAUACUUUACUUUUUAAACAUAGAGGGAUGUCGCUGUGUGAGGAGCCUACUCAGACUGCAGAAUAUUCUAAUGUAGUCAUUAUGGAAGUGUGAAUUUGGUCUUGCGGCAUGCUGUCUAUACAUCGAAACAUAACUGCAUGUUGAUUUUGCUUGCACAUUGUGACUGCAUGUUUUUUUCAUUUAAUGAUUGCAACCUUCAUUGGUCCUUUGAUCAACCAUAGAGACAAAACUUGUGUACAAUUCUGCCACCGUAUACUACUUUUUAAAAUCAGUUAAUGUAGACGUGA